AUGUCAGCAGCUAUCCUCACUGCAGCGACCUUUCCUGGUCAGGAUGACAUCCACCACCCGGAGUCCACAUCUUCACCAGGCAGUCCGGAAUCCCGGUCAUCGCCAAAUUACGCCGCUUCGGCGAGCAAAAAGGCCUCAACGCAGGCUAGCAUAUCGACUUCCAUGGCAUUCCCUACCACUCCAGGCCCUGCUCGGCCCUCUCCGAAGACACCUUCAUCGACGCAUCGGGCCGACAAAGACAAAAAGCACGACAAAGAUACGGCCACACCCAGAGACAAUGAUAAGGGCAAGGACAAGGAGCGUGAGGCUCGGCUUCCGGCUUGCGAGGCGUGCAGGACACGCAAGGUCAAGUGUGAUGCGCUGCUGCCUGCGUGCACUCCCUGUCGGAAGUCGGGGCGCGAGUGUUUUGGUCGCGACAAGGUGCCCAACGUCUCGCGUGGCUUGGUGUAUGAGCUGCAACAGAAAGUAAAGGAUCUCGAGAGCCGGCUGGCUCUGGCAUCGUCUGGGUCCAUUGUCGACGCUUCGUUCAGCGCCAACGGUGACCUGGCAAGUGAUGGUGCAAGUGCGAAUGGGAGUCGCUCUUCUCGCGUUGGAGGCCCGCCUGCGAAACGUACAAAGAGAGGGCGCAACGGACGUUCCAGCUUCGACGAUGGCGCUCAGAGCGCUGAAAGUGGCCAAGAGUCCUCGUCUUCCGACAGCGCAUCUUCGACGCCCGAGCCAACAGACCCCUCGCCAAACGACUUUGUUCAGCAAACCAGCACCAUCCUCGAAAGCUUGUCUUCGGACCUGACAGGAUCAGCACAUCGACAGCACCAGCAUUCGCCGAGCAGGUCCACAACGCAGACGCUCGACAACGAUGAAGCAUCUGCUUUAGCCGCUCUCACUCGGCAUCACAAGGAUCGUGCCAAAUCUCCGCAUCGGCCCAAGCGCAGAUCUUCGUCCAAUGCAUCCAAGUACAGAGAUGAAGCGAGCUCAUACUUUGUCAACACAGCGCGACUCAGAGAUGCGACCACACCGUACCCAUUCAAAUCCAGAUCGCGGCCCAGUCGAAGCGGCACCAUCUCGGCAUACGACAGGACGUUUUUCGAUCGGCUCAUUGCAAGGUAUCUCACCUAUAUGAACACGGCACUUCCGGUCAUCAACGAGAUCCGGAUGCGUGAGCUGGCAGCACUGGUAUAUCAGGACGAUGAGCGGUCCCGCCUUGCUGCUCUUUCAGUGACGCCGUACGACAGCAUGCCUCCGCCGCCUCUGCCACCCUCUCCGGCCAUCGACCGCAUCACGCUGUCAAAGCACAGAUACGUCGUGCUCAUGUCUCUGGCGAUUGCAUUGGCGUCUUUGGGGCGCUCGCACAACUUUAGCCCCGAGCUGCGUCGUCUUGGUCAUCAAUACUGGGCGGAAGCACAGGCGCUCAUGCCUGUCCUGUUCCGGUUUGGGGAUCUCGACAAGCUCCGUGCAACGUUGUUGCAGCUUCAGUAUGCACUGCUGGUCCCGACGGCUGGAAGCGUGUGGGAGCUUUCUGGUGCAGCAAUCCGUUUGGUCACGGAGCUCAACCUGCAGGUGGACCGCGACUUUGAUUCUGCAGCGAAUGCUCCGUUUACACAAGAGACGAUUGAUCUUCGACGGCGUCUGUUCUGGACGGCAUACUGCUUGGAUCGAAGCUUGGCUGUGGCUCUGGCGCGACCACCGGGUCUGUCGGAUGCGUGGAUUCAUGUUCAGCUGCCGAGUCUGCUAUCGGAUGCGGACAUCUUGCGUUCCGAUCGAGAAUCCGGCGCUCCCACUGUGGACGACGGCAGGACGGAUCCGCAGAAGCACAUCUUUCGAUCGCAUAUCAACUUGCGGCGUGUCCAGUCCGAGAUCCUCUGCCGCUUGCACAGUGUCAACCCUCGCGACUACUCGCUCGAUAAUGAUGUGGUCAGUCUGUCGCAGCCUGUGCCAACGAGGCCGUCGUUGGCGCUGGUGAUGGAGGUGGGCCCGCCCACGCCAAACAUCGAGUGGCAGUCGCGCAUGAUGGACAAGUUGGGGAAGUGGAGGUCGGAGUACGAUCGGUGGGUGGCUCCUUCGUUGGCAGAGAGGCCGGUGCAAAGUGAACGAGGCGUCGGCUCCACAGCGACACCGUUCAUCACGCGGGAUUGGAUCGAUCUCAACCACAACCUGGCCAUCUCGUUGCUGUUCCGUCCGUCGCCUAACAAUCCGCGUCCGGACUCGAACGGCUUGCAGCAGGCGUUCAUUGCGUCCGGGCGGGCGAUGAAGAUUUACAAGAGCAUGCAUCGCAGCUCGACGAUCAACUUCCCCUGGCUGGCGACGCAUCAUCUAUUUAUCUCCGGAUUGACACAUUUGAAUGCGUUGGAGAAGCUGACACGGACGGGCGUGGCGUCGCCGAGUCCCGUGGUGGAGGUGGUAUUCAACGUGCAGAGUUGCGCUUCGACGCUGGAGGCGCUGACGGGGAGGGAUGAUGGGUAUGGGAUGAAGGUUAGGGAUACGUUUGACGCUGCAGCGUCGGCGGUGUUGAGGUCGGUGCUGGAGCCAGGGUCCGCGGCGAGAGGGGAUGUGGGGACAGGGGAGGGAUUGGUGGCGGUGGAGGAGUUGAUGAGGGGUUCAGCGACGGGUUCUCUGAACGGGCGACAGCAGCAACAUAGUACACUUAGUGGGACGGCAUCGCUGGUCGAGGCGAGCAACAGCCUGCGACGCGCUUCGCACCACCACAAUCACCACCACGAAGCGCUGUUGCAAGCUGCACAGCAGCAGCAUCCUACCUGGCUGUCAGAUUCAACAUGGAACUCGAUCAACACGAUGGACACUGCGCCGCCUCCUGGCUCGACGAUCUUUGUCGCUGCUCCGCCGCGUGUUGGGCGGUACGGCACGCCCGGGCACAGCUUGGUGCCAACGCUGAGCGAGAGGACGACGCAGACUGCGGCGAUGGGGCAUACAGCGGCGUCGGGGAUGGGGUUGGGUGCGGUGCAGAGUUCGACGCCGGCUGUGCAUUCGCCGAGGAGCUUUGCCAUGCUUGCACCUGCAGCGGGGAUGGCAUUUGGUAGCGAUACGUUCCAGGGCAAUGGCGGGCAUGGUGGGCAUGGCGAUGUGGGACAGGCUCAUAGGGAUGCCAAUGGUGCAUCGUCGGCAGUAGAUGCGGAUCGCAGCGGUGCGACAGCGCCGUCGACCUCGACGUUUGGAUUCCACAAUUGGCUCCUGCAGCCGUACGAAGGCGGCGCUGAUGGAAUGGGGGGCUUUGGCACGUCGAGCGCCGGCGGGAACGGACUCAGUGGCGGCGGCUCUGCGAGUGGUUUCUCAUUUUCUGGCACGGGUUUUGCUUCGCCCUCGACCUAUGCUGGUGUAGAUCCGUUCCAGGGCGUGUACGGUGCGGACGGGGUGCAGCCCCAGCAGGCUCCUAGCCGAGGCUCGAUGGCGGGACAGGACUAUGCCAUGGUUUCAGGCAUGGCGGCGAAUGACAAGGAGGCGGCGGAGACAGAUGCAUCUACGCUGCUUGAUUUCUUGUCGAUGCUUCCACCUUCGAGUACGGCGGGUUCGCCAGCGGGGAAGGUGGGGAGUGCCGGAGGCAUGCAGGGCAAGAGCUGA